GGUGCAGGUUGGCCAGCACUUGGAUCCAGGUGAUUAGAAGCCACCUGUAGUGCUUUGUGCUUGGGACAGCUGCUCAAGGGACCCUGUUCCUGCAGAAGGAUGGCUGCAAAGAAAAAAGAGGUAGUGCUGCAGGUCAGUAGUAGCCAGGCCUUCAGCAGAUGUUGUAAACUCUCAGAAAGUGCUAAGGAUGGAGUCUGGUCUUGGGGAAUCUCAGAUUGCUGGCAAAGCCCCACUGCGAGAUCCUUGAGGGGAAGAGGUGUUCCUGGAGGCAGGUGGGAAGUGUGGGAGGACCUGGCAGGUCACAGUGUCCCCAGGCAGGGCUGUGGGCUGCAGAGGGGGCUGCUGCAGGUUGUGUUAGGGGCUGUUUGGGCCUAGCACAGGUUUGGCUGCUGUCAGAGACCAAAAUGCCUCCGUUUUGUGAGGUAAUAGCUCAGAGGAUGUUUAGGAGUGGAGAACUGGGGCUGGCACAUCUCCUGGAUGGCAAGAGUUCCUGGACAUUUCUGAUCAGGUCAUGCAUUCAGAAAGAUUGCUGUAACGGUGGAGAAGCUAGGAGGUUUUUUCCUGUUAACACUGCAUAGAUGACCUAAUGAUGCUUCAUAACUACUGGAUGGGGAGAAGGGGGGGUUCUAAGAGGAGUUUAUGUUGCAAAAACAUUGAAAACCAAAAAUGAGUUCUGCAGGUCUGCUUCAAAUUUUAAGAGCAGUUCAGUCUUCACGAGAGAGAAAUAAUCAAAGAGAUUAUGGGCUCAUGAUCUUGUUUAUUCACUGUUUAAACUGGGAAAUGUGAACAUGUGCAACAAGGAAACAGGCACUUUAUGAAGGUAGGAAGAGUUUCUGUUGCUGCUGUGUUCCUGUGGGAUGGGGAACUUGACUCUGCCCCUUUGGCAGUGAAGGGAAAUCUGGGUCUACAUCUGCAAAACUGUGAUUUUUUACAUCUGCACAUGAAAGCUGAACAUGAGGGGAUGUCCUGGAAGGGGUCUGGUUUUAUUAGAGAAAAGCCAAGUCCAAGCAGCCUCAGGAUAUCAAAAUUAGCAAAGCAUCUUGAAGAGUGCAGUAGUACUUGAGUCCAGCAGUUGAAAUUGUGGCUGAAUUCAUUAUCACAAAAUACUAUCAUAAAUCAUUUAGACUCAUUAGGAUUCUGUGAAACACUCUGAGGGUGGUCCCAGCACUAGGAAUAAUUAAAUUUUGUAGUUCUGCAGGUGUUCCCUGAGAAAACUAAGCUAGGGGUCAUGUGCUGAACAGGCAAAUAAAAUGAGAUGUCUGAACAACCCUGUUUGCUGAGUGAGACAGGGCCCUGGAGAAGCUACCCUGUGUGACCCCCAGUGACACAGCUCUGAACACCUGUGAGAGGGCAUUUCAUUUGCACUGGAGUUUCCACUCUUGGAAUUCUUGGCUGUGAGAUUUUAGCAGCCCUUUGAUGUCCAUUGGUAUUAAUUAUUGUGAAAUACCUGGCCUUGGUGCAACUUACUGUCUUCCACUGCAGUCUAAAUGUAGUUGGAGUUGGUAAUACCCACUAAGGAAGGAAUUAGGAAUCUUCAUUGUUCAGGAUGAACAAAACCAGUUUAAUUUCUCAAGAAGUCUUUUUUAUUUUAACUUGCUAUGUUUUUCUACAUACUGAAGGUCAAGUCCUGUAAGAUGGGGAAGAUGCUAAGGAUUAUAUCCUUUAUAAUAACAGAAUUGGGAAUGUAGGAUAAUAGGGUGGGUGGUACUGUGUAUGGAAUGGUCUAGGGCAUCCUUGACAUGGUCAAUCCCUGAGCAAGCUGAUCUAACACUGAGUUUUGUGCAGGAGAUUAGCUGAAGGACUCCAAAGGCCCCUCCCAGCCUGGAACUUUGUGUUCUUUGUUCAAUGUGCUUUGGAAGUCUUUAGGUAACAGCUGGGAAUUCGAAUAGGCAAGGAUAUGCUGGGUUCAGACCACCCUCUAGUGCCCACACAUCAUGGAACCUGAGUAUUUACUAGUUUAGUUUAUUGAGGCUGAAAUAUCUCAAAUAGAAGAGUUUGUGUGCAGGCAAGGUGAGAAAAUGGUGCUGGAGAAUCAGGUAUUCAUAAACCCUGUGAGGACUGGGCCUGAACGAGGUGUGGUUUAACUGGAACGCUGGGCAGGCUGAUGGAGAUCCUGACAGGGGGCUCUGGGUCUGGGAUCGCAGUUUGGGGGUCCCAGCCAAUCCCCAGAACUGCUCUCUGCAAACUGAGUUGGGGAUCCCCAGGCAGCCACUGUUCCAGUAGUGCCACUAAACAGGGGAGGACUUGCCCAUGGCUGGAUACUACUGCCCUUUCUGUCUGCCUUUGCUUGGAUCUUGUGAGACAUCCCUAUCAGCUGGGCAGAGGUGAGAGAAUCACAGGAGUUUCCCAAGUGCUCAGGUAAUGCCUCUUCAGGCAAGUGUGUCCCUCUGGAGGGAUUUGUCAGUAUGUCUGCAGCAACUGCAUAGUACCUGAUGAACUACUGUGGCUUUUACUGUGUUUUUCAAUUUUCCACACAGAUUAACAUUACUAGCCAGGAGCUUUGGGAAGAAAUGCUGUGUCUCAAAGGACUCAUUGUUGUUGAUGUGUUUCAAGCCUGGUGUGGUCCAUGCAAACCAGUAGUGAAUCUGUUCCAAAAAGUCAGGAAUGAAGUUGGCAAUAAUCUCCUGCAUUUUGCUGUGGCUGAAGCUGAUUCCAUUGAUGCUCUGGAAAAAUACAGAGGACAAUGUGAGCCUGUCUUUCUCUUUUAUACAGGAGGAGAAUUGGUGGCUGUUGUAAGAGGAGCAGAUGCACCAUUGCUGCAGAAGACCAUCCUGAAACAGCUGGUAGGGGAAAGGAAAGGUUUACGUGGAGGAGAGAGCCUGUGGUGGUAAUGGGUCACCAAAGCUUCAAACACCUGUAGAUGUGCAUGCAAGAGGAGAAGUUCAGCUCCCCAGGGAUUUAGCAUAGUGCUAAAGCAGAGCCACUGCCUUGCAAAAAUCCCCUCCCCUGCGCAGGCAACCUCCUAAGCCACUACCACAGGCACUGGCUUUCUGUAUGUGGUCUAAGGUAAUGACAUUUCUGAGGAGCAAAACUGUCUUACCUGUGUGUGCCGUGCUGCCCCUAAAGCAUCUCUAGAGCUUGGAGCUCUCUACUGGCCUGUCCCUGGGAAUGCUUUUUCCCCAGCUCUUGCUGUCCCCUGACUGAGAGCUCAGCAGGUGACCCUGAACAGGCAGAUCUUCUGCUGUCCCUGCUGAGCUGGCCCAGGACAGCAGGAGGGCUGUUCCUGCACAGGGGGAGGUGGGGCAUGGGGCCCUGCCUAGCCCAGGCUCACCUGGAGGGCAGGUGUGGGAUGUUCCUGGCUCAUCCAUGUGCUUUUGCUGCCAGACAGAACCUUCUCCAGAGAGCAGGGAAGCACAGGUCCCCUUCAGGAGGAACAACGGGAAGGACUAAAAGAUUGACGACAAAGAAUUCGACAUUCCUCAAGUUGAUACCCCUCCAACGCUGGAGAGCAUCCUAAAUGAGGAAGAAAAAACUCCCAGAUUCUCUCUCACUCCAUGGAUCAGUGAUACGGCUCUCACUCCUGAAAGGAAUUUCUGCCCAAAUAGUCUCUGCAGCAGACAAAGUGGAUGCUGGCUUGCCAACUGCAAUUGCAGCAUCAAAUCUGAUAGCAGUGGGGACUUCCCAUGGGUUAGCACUGAUAUUUGGCAAAGAUCAGAACCAGGCUCUCCGGCUGUGUCUGGGCAGCACCGCAGUUGGGGCCCAGUACGGGGCCAUCUCUGCUCUCAGCAUCAACAAUGACUGUUCCAGGCUGCUCUGUGGCUUUGCAAAAGGACAGAUUACCAUGUGGGAUCUGGCCAGUGGGAAGUUGCUGCGAUCAAUAACAGAUGCCCACCCUCCAGGAACAGCCAUUUUGCACAUCAAGUUUACAGAUGAUCCGACUCUUGCAAUUUGCAAUGACAGCGGAGGCUCCGUGUUUGAACUGUCAUUUAAGAGGGUUAUGGGAGUGAGGACGUGUGAGUCUCGGUGUCUCUUCAGUGGCUCCAAGGGGGAAGUUUGCUGUAUUGAGCCAUUACAUGCAAAGGUUGAUUUGAGAGACCAUCCUAUCACCCAGUAUUCACUGCUGGCCAUGGCCUCCCUCACUAAGAUCCUUGUUAUUGGCCUGAAGCCAUCUCUGAAAGUGUGGAUGACCUUUCCCUAUGGUCGUAUGGACCCCUCGAGUGUCCCUCUGCUAGCGUGGCACUUUGUGGCCAUGCAGAACUCGGUGAACCCCAUGCUUGCCUUCUGUCGAGGAGAUGUCGUGUACUUUCUUCUGGUCAAGAGGGAUGAUAGUGGUGCAAUACAUGUCACGAAGCAGAGGCAGCUUCAUCUGCACUACGAUCUCAUCAACUUCACUUGGAUCAACUCACGGACAGCAGUCCUGCUGGACAGUGUGGAGAAGCUGCACGUCAUAGACCGUCAGACUCAGGAGGAGCUGGAGACCAUUGAGAUCUCAGAGGUUCAGCUGGUCUACAACAGCAGCCACUUCAAGUCUCUGGCCACGGGGGGCAAUGUCAGCGAGGCCUUGGCACUGGUUGGAGAGAAAGCUUGUUACCAGUCCAUCAGCAGCUGUGGUGGUCAGGUCUUUUACCUUGGAACUAAAUCUGUUCAUGUUAUGACAUUGAGAAGCUGGAGAGAGAGAGUGGACCACCUUCUGAAACAAGAACGUCUCACAGAUGCCCUGGCUCUUGCUUGGUCCUUUUAUGAAGGUAAAGCAAAGGCUGUAGUAGGCUUGACUGGGGACACGAACAAGAGGAAAGCAGUCAUUGCUGACAGAAUGGUAGAAAUCCUUCUCCAUUACACUGAUCGGGCUCUGAAGAAAUGUCCUGACCAAGGAAAAAUCCAGGUUAUGGAGCAGCACUUUCAGGAUGUGGUGCCUGUCAUCGUGGAUUACUGUCUCCUGCUACAGCGCAUGGAUCUAUUAUUUAACCAGAUAUAUGACAAGAUGAGUGAGAACUCUGUAGCCAAAGGCAUCUUUCUAGAGUGCUUGGAGCCAUAUAUCUUGAGUGAUAAGCUGAUGGGAAUCACAGCUCAAGUGAUGAAAGACUUGCUGCUUCACUUCCAAGACAAGAACAGGUUGGAAAACUUGGAAGCCUGCAUUGUGCAUAUGGAUAUCACCAGUUUAGACAUACAGCAGGUGGUUCUCCUGUGCUGGGAAAACCGCCUGUAUGAUGCCAUGAUCUAUGUCUACAACAGCGGGAUGAACGACUUCAUCAGUCCCAUGGAGAAGCUGUUCAAAGUCAUUGCUCCUCCACUGAAUGCUGGAAAGUCUCUCACAGAUGAGCAGGUGGUGAUGGGCAACAAGCUGCUUGUGUAUAUAAGCUGCUGCUUGGCAGGCCGUGCAUAUCCGUUGGGUGAUAUUCCUGAAGAUCUGGUACCUUUGGUGAAAAAUCAGGUGUUUGAGUUUCUGAUCCGGCUGCACUCAGCUGAGGGAUCUGUGGAUGAGGAGGUGUAUCCCUAUGUUCGGACCCUGCUGCACUUUGACACACGGGAAUUCCUCAAUGUGCUGGCUUUGACUUUUGAAGACUUUAAGAAUGAUAAGCAAGCUGUGGAGUAUCAACAGAGAAUUGUGGACAUUCUUCUGAAAGUCAUGGUGGAGAAUUCUGACUUCACCCCAUCACAGGUUGGCUGUCUUUUCACCUUCCUUGCCCGGCAGCUCGCCAAGCCAAACAACACCUUGUUUGUCAACAGGACACUCUUUGACCAGGUGCUGGAGUUCCUGUGCAGCCCAGAUGACGACUCCCGGCAUUCCGAGAGGCAGCAGGUCCUUUUAGAGCUGCUCCAGGCAGGAGGGAUCGUGCAGUUUGAAGAGAGCCGCCUUAUCCAAAUGGCAGAGAAGGCUGAAUUCUAUCAGAUUUGUGAGUUCAUGUAUGAACGGCAGCUUCGUUAUGACAAAAUCAUUGGCUGUUACCUGCGGGAUCCCCUGAGGAAGGAAGAAGUUUUCAACUACAUCCACAACAUCCUGUCCAUGCCUGGCUACAGUGCUGAGGAGAAGCAGCUGGUGUGGCAGAAAGCUUUGGACCAUAUAGAGGAGCUGCUGGUGCUGAGCCCAGGUAAAGCAGCUGACCUGGCAGCCAUUCACUUCAGUGAGCAGAUCGAGAGCAUCAUCUCAAACCUGCAGGACAAGUUCUUGCUCUUCCAGUUCCUGAGGAGUCUCCUUGAUCCAAGAGAAGGCAUUAACCAAGACCUGCUACACCUCCCACCAUGUAUCACUGAGCAGUUCAUUGAGCUGCUCUCUCAGUACAGUCCUGACCAGGUUUUGGAGACACUCAAAGUUCUGGAAUACUGCAGACUGGAGGAAACCAUCCAGAUAACCCAAAAACAUCAGCUCCAUGAGGCUUCUUCGUAUUUGCUAGAGAAGAAGGGAGAUAUCCAUGGAGCCUUUUUGGUUAUGCUUGAGCGAUUGCAGAGCAAGUUGCUGUUGCUUACUCAAGAUGAUGGAAGCUCAGUUGAACCGUCCUUGCUAGAAAACAUUGAAGAUACUUUAAUGAAAACAAUUGCUCUUUGCCAGAGGAAUUCACAUAGUUUAGACCAGCAACAGCGAGAGGCCCUCUGGUUUCCCCUGCUUGAGGCCAUGAUGUCCCCACAGAAAUCUUCUGGUUCAUCGCAGUGUCCGUUCUCUGAAUCUUUGAAGAGUUUGACAAUGCAAGUGCUGAACAACAUGGCUGCAUUUAUUGCUCUUCCCUCAAUCCUGCAGAGGAUUCUCCAGGAUCCAGUUUAUGGAAAAGGGAAACUUGGAGAAAUUCAAGGACUUGUUCUGGGAAUGCUUGACACUUUUAACUAUGAACAAACCCUUCUAGAGACAACCACGAGCCUUUUAAACCACGAUCUUCACUGGUCCCUAUGUAACCUGAGAGCCUCUGUCACCAGAGGCCUUACCCCAAAGCAGGAUUACUGCUGCAUCUGUCUCCAGCAGUACAAAAGAAGGCAAGAAACUGCUGAUGAAAUCAUUGUUUUCAGCUGUGGCCAUUUGUACCACUCACUGUGCCUGCUGAGCAAGGAGUGUGGGGUGGUCACCAAGGGCCUCAUGAGGUGGAUGUGCUACAAAUGCAACUCGAGCAACAAGGGAGGGAAGCUGAGUGAGAACUUCUCAGAGCUGAAAAAAGGGACUGCAGCAUCCCUGGCACAGAUGAGUUCAGAGUCUGUGUUGGAUCCUCAGCAAAUCCAAGCUUUUGACCAGCUCUGCCGACUGAACCGAGGCACCUCCCGACUGGCUCUCCUGACGGAGCUGGCGCGUGGAGGUGACAAGCACGGGCUGCUCAGUGUUUCCCACGGGGACCCAGCCACCAGCAGUGUCUUCCAGAAUGAGAACUUCCAGCUGCACCUGACUCCCCCUCCACUGGCUGAAGAGUAG